GAAUACAUCUAGUUAUUUGGCGCGGAAUCAGAAUUGAAAUCAUAAUCGAAAAGCCCGCUGGGAUUUUUGUACUUGUUGUUUUGUUUUUUUGCUUCAUUUCGUUAUUUAUUUUUAUUUUUGUUUUUGUAAAUAAAAUUUAUUAAUUGAAACUUUGCUUAAAAGGAAUCACUCUGGAAUUUAGAACACUCAGUUGAGAACGAUCUAGUGAAGUGUUAACAGUUAACUUGGGGACUUAAAUAAAGAGUGAAAAUAAAAAUUAUCUGCAAAAUAAUAAUAGACAAUCAAAACAAAAAAAUCACAUAAACAAUUUUCACCACAAAAUAAAAUAAAACAAAACAAUGACCAAGUCUAAGACAGCUUUAACAAUUUUUGUACUCGCAUUUACGAUUAUCAAUGGAGUAUUAGCACAGAACACGGACGAAAAUGAGGUUCUGUACGAUACCCAAAUGGUCCAAGGUGUGAAAGUGUAUCGCAAUGACAGAGAAUGCGCAAUGCUUGGCGGUCUAUGCGUACAUAGAAGUGAUUGCUUGGAAACAUCAUCAAAAUCUGGACUUUGCCCAACAAAUAAAUACUUAGGUGUUGAAUGCUGCUAUGAAUUACCAGUAAGGCCAGCACCUUGUCACCAACAUAUGGGCGAUUGUAAAGACAGAUGCCCAGCAAAACUUGUAAGGCCUGGAACUGAUUGUAAGGAUGGACAAUUUUGCUGCGCUUUAAUUUAAGACUUUUAUAUAGCAAACACAAAAAAAAACACACAAGGAUGAGUCUAUAAGAACAAGAAAUGUUUCUAUUUUUAUUUUUGUAUAAAGUUUAAAAAUUUAAAGGUUUUUUUCUUUAUAACUAAAAAACUUACAACAAAUAUUUUGUAAAUGGAGACUUGCUAGCUUGUUUAUAUUGUUGAUGAUGACUGUAGUUUAAGAAAAGCCCUAUUCUAUUUAUAAUAAUAUGUACUAUAUUCUAAUGUCUGUGAAUAAAAUUUGUUUUAAGUUUUAUUUAAUUGUAUAAUAA